GCUGCGGACGCGCAUACGCGCAGAGAGCAGGCGCGCACCCACCAGCUCCAUAGCCCCCAAUCUCCCGUCUUGAUUUCACAUCCACGUUUUUCUCAGCCUCUCUUCUCUGUGAUGAUCUUGUGGCGCCCCUUGAACACCUGAUCCCCGCGACCACGGGACCUCCAGAACCAUGAUCUGGACCCUUCUCGUGUGUGGUCUCCUGACUCCUGCCCUGACCAACAACAGGACCAUGCAGGACGCGCUGCCGCUGUUCCACGGGCACGUGCUGGAGAACUCGUCGCCGGGCUCGAGGGUGAACGGCCUGGGCAUCCCAGUGAGGCGCGUGGACGCCCGCGGAGCGUGUCCGACGGUGGAUGCGCGCCUCAAAGUUCUGGGAGAAGGGAGCGAGAAGUUCCACAUGCUGGUGCACCACGGACAGGGACGCGUGCUUCUGAGGACCCGCGCACCCCUGGACCGCGAGGAGCGCGCGGUCUACCGGCUCGCUGUCACGAUCUGCUGCCCGAGCUGCACCCCGGCGGGCACCAUGGAGGUGCACGUGCUGGACGCAAACGACCACGCACCUUCGUUCCGCGACCGUCGAGUGGAGGUGCGCGUGGACGACGCGGCGGCGCUGCGCUCGGCCGUGUACAGGGCGCGCGCACGGGACGCGGACAGUGGAAGGAACGGUGAGCUCGUGUACUUCUCCGUGCCUAAAAACGGCUCUUUCUACGUGGUGCCCAAGACCGGGGACGUGUUGCUCGUGGAUUCCAUUCUGGGGCGGAGCGCCCCGCUCAUAGUGCGCGUGUUUGCCAGGGACCGCGGGCGCCCGCGACGCACCAGUGAGAGCAUGGAGGUGCGCGUGAAGCCGAGGCAAUGGACGGCGAGCGGACUGAACAAUGGAGUGGACAUAGGAGUGGACAAGGUACCGGAGAGGAGACUGGAACGGGAACAGGACAGCAGCCCGGUGAGUGAAGUGGACAGGACCCCCCCUCGCAGGUCGCGGUCCUUGCUGGACUCAAACAGCCCGGUGGUCAUCAGUGUCUCCGAGGACGCGAGCAUCGGCUCGGUGGUAAUGAACCUGAACCCGGUUCGCUUCUCCUCGGCCACCUUCGAACUGUUGAGCCCGGGUUCGGACAGCGCUCCGGUCACCGUGACCCGCGACAGCGGGGAGAUCGUCAUCGUCCGGGGCCUGGAUAGGGAGACGGAGCCCGUGGUGGACAUCGCGGUGAAGGUGCAGGACAGACGAGGUCCAGAGUGGUACCUGGUGCAAGUGGAACUGGUGGUCAUGGACGUAAAUGACAACGCCCCAGAGUGGACCAUGGCCCCAUUCCCUUACCUGGCAGUGGUGUCUCCUGAAGCCCCUGCUGGGACACUUGUUUACAAGCUCCAUGCCCGCGAUGGGGAUGAAGGCAGCAACGGGGAGGUGGAGUACUUCCUGUCUGACGGCGGUGACGGGCGGUUUGAAGUAGACCGGAAGAGCGGGCACAUCAAGACAUCUGGGUUGCCCCUGCAGAAGGACCGCGAGUACCUGCUGACUGUGAUGGCAGCCGACAGGCUGGGCAGCCGCAGUCCUACGGCCAUCGUAUCGGUGGUCGCCGGUCCUCGGGCCCCUCAGUUCACCAAUGCCUCCUACUCCAUUUCCAUCCCAGAGAAUACACCAGAGGGACAGCCCUUCCUGGUGGCCCUCGCUCUGUCCUUCCAGAAGCAGCCCAUCAGCUACAGCUUGCUUAUCAAUCCCAGCAGCCUCUUCUCCAUCCAGCAGGAGACUGGUGAAAUCAGCCUGACUCGCACCAUUGACUACGAGAGUGACCAGCACCGCUACCUGCUGCUGGUGAGAGCCAGCGAGAGUCAGGAGAGCCUCAGUAGUGCUGCUGAGGUGCGCGUGGUGAUUACUGACGAGAACGACUGCCUGCCAGAAUUUCUGCAGUCCAUUUACAGCAAAGAUGGCAUACCAGAGACGGUAACCACGGCAACCUCGCUGCUUCAAGUAUCAGCCAGUGAUUGUGACUCAGGUGUAAACGCUGAGGUGAUGUACUACACACUGAGCCCGGACUUCAGCAUCUCUCCUCAUGGCACCGUGUUUCCUGCCCGGCCGCUGGACUACGAACGACCGAACCACCUGUACGAGUUUGUGGUGAUGGCCGUGGACAAGGGCACCAUGCCCCGCACCGGUACGGCAACGGUGCGCAUCCGCGUGGCCAAUGUCAACGACGAGGCACCUGAGUUCUCCCAGCCUGUCUAUAGAACCUUCGUUUCAGAAGACGCUGGUCCCAACACACUGGUGGCCACUGUGCUGGCCAAGGACCCAGAUGGAGACGGAAUUUCCUACAAGAUCACGGCAGGCAAUGAGAAUGGAAACUUUGUCAUCGACAGCCACAAAGGCCUCAUCCGGCUCCGCUCCAGCCCACCGCCAAGGCUGCAGGGAGUUGAGUACAUCCUCAAUGUCACAGCGACAGACGACAAUGCCUCGGGUGGACCCCACCCCCUCUCUGGCUCUGCCCAGGUGUUUGUGGGCAUUGACGAUGUUAACAACAACAAGCCUGUAUUUGAGAAGUGCCAGCAGUACCGGGAGGAGGGUGCCGUUCUAGAGAACCAGCCAGUUGGCACAUUCGUCAUGCAGGUGCACGCAGUCGACGCAGAUGAGGGCUCCAAUGGGAAGGUGAAGUAUGGCUUCAUGCACAAAGACAGCAUGAUGCCGGCCUUCAGCAUCCACCCGGACACAGGUGUGAUCAUCACAGCCCGGAAGUUCGACCGCGAGAAACAGAGGGAGUAUGCAGUGACUGUCACUGCAACGGAUCAGGCGGCUGAGCCGCUCAUUGGCAUCUGCCAGCUCAACAUCCUCAUCCUGGACGAAAACGACAAUAGCCCCAAGUUUGAGAACCUCCGCUAUGAGUACUUCUUGCGGGAGGACACCAUGAUUGGCACCAGCUUCCUGCGCGUGGCGGCGCAUGACGAUGACUACAGCACCAAUGCGGUCAUCACGUACUCCAUGUCCAAAGAACAGCCAGAGUACCUGAGAGUGAACCCCGUCACGGGCUGGGUGUAUGUCAACCAGCCCAUCUCACAAAGGUCCUACAUCACGCGGGAGAUCAUUGCGACAGAUGGGGGCAACCGCAGCAGCACUGUCGAGCUGGCUGUCACCAUCACCAACGUGAAGAACCAGCCUCCGCAGUGGGAGAAAGAAAGUUACGAGGUGGUCAUCCCAGAGAACACCAUGAGGGAUACACCCAUUGUGACCAUCAAGGCAACCUCACCACUUGGCGACCCCAGGGUAACUUAUAACCUGGAGGAUGGCCUAGUACCCGAGACCAACAUGCCCGUGCGCUUUUACCUGACACCCAACCGCGAGGAUGGCUCUGCCUCCAUCCUGGUGGCUGAGCCACUGGACUACGAGGUCACACGCCACUUCAUGCUCAGGGUGCGGGCACAGAAUGUGGCUGCCGUCCCACUGGCAGCCUUCACCACCGUCUACGUCAAUGUCACAGACGUCAACGACAAUGUUCCGUUCUUCACCUCCUCCAUCUACGAGGCAGCUGUGACGGAGGGGGCGCCUGCAGGAACCCUGGUCCUCCAGGUGUCUGCUACAGACCUGGACCUUGGCCUUAACGGGAAGAUAUCCUACACCCUCCUGGAGGACCGCAGUGGGGAUCAUCACUUCUUUGGCAUUGAUCCUGAAGCAGGCUCCAUCUACACCAAGACCAUUUUUGACCGCGAGACCAAAGGCUCCUACCUGCUGGAGGUGAAAUCUACCGAUGGGUGGGAAUCUGCGCGGCCAGGGCGUCAUGGCCAGCCCAACUCUGACACAGCGUACGUGCGCGUAUUCAUCAGUGAUGUCAACGACAACAAGCCCAUCUUCACGCAAGACGUCUACGAAGUAAACAUUGAUGAGGACGCGGACAUCGGCUUCGCCGUCCUUACAGUCAGCGCUAACGAUGACGAUGAAGGAGCCAAUGCCAAGCUGAGGUACCAGAUCACGGCAGGCAACACUGGCGGGGUGUUUGACGUGGAGCCGGAAGUGGGCACCAUCUUCAUUGCCCAGCCGCUGGACUAUGAACAGGUGCGACGCUACAAGCUCCGCCUCCUGGCAUCCGACGGAAAGUGGGAGGACUACGCUGUGGUUGUGGUCAACGUGGUCAACAAGAACGACGAGGCGCCUGUCUUUUCGGUGAAUGAGUACUACGGCAGCGUGACGGAGGAGCUGGAUGGCUCUCCCAUCUUUGUGCUGCAGGUAACGGCUACUGACCCAGACAAAGACGCUGCCCAGGAGGCACUGAGGUACUCCCUCCAUGGCCAGGGGGCGGAGAGCGAAUUCAUCAUUGAUGAGGUGACUGGGAAGAUCUAUGCCCAGAAGACGCUGAACCGUGAGGAGCGGGCUGUGUGGAGGUUCGUUGUCCUGGCUACGGAUGAGGGCGGUGAGGGCCUCACCGGAUUCACCGACGUUAUCAUCAAUGUGUGGGAUAUUAACGACAACGCACCCGACUUCACUUGCAUGCCCGACAGCUGCCAUGGCCAGGUUGCUGAGAACUCUCCACCAAACACGUCGGUCAUGGAGAUGAGUGCCACCGACCUAGAUGAUAGUGCUGUGGGACAAAACGCAGUGCUCAGCUACAGGAUUGUGGGGAAUGCCCAUGGAGCGGCUGGAGCUGACCUUUUUGGCAUCAACCCCAGCACGGGCACCAUCUACGUGGUAAACGGGGACUUAGACCGGGAGCGAAUGGAGAAGUACCAUCUGGUGGUGGAGGCACGGGAUGGCGGGGGCAUGGUGGCCACGGGCACGGCCAGCAUCCGCAUCAUUGACGUCAACGACCAUGUGCCCAAGUUCAUGGAGAGCUCCUGCCAUGCCCGCGUCUCCGAGAGCAGCGAGGUAAAUUCACCCGUGCUGGAAGUGUCUGCCACAGAUGCAGAUGCAGGUGAGAAUGCCCAGCUGACCUUCAGUGUGGCAGCCGGCGAUCCAGAGCAGAAGUUCUACAUGGUGAGCCACCGGCCGGAGCGGCGUGGCACGCUGCGGCUGAAGAAGAAGCUGGACUAUGAGAAAUCCAGCGAGCAGCGUUUCAACCUUACCCUCAAGGUGGAGGACCUGGACUUCUCCAGCCUGAUCAACUGCAUCAUUGAGGUGGAGGACCACAAUGACCAUGCCCCUGUCUUUGUCCCACACUUUUAUCUGCUGCCUCCACUGCCCGAGGACAUCCCUGUGGGCAGCAGCAUUGCCAAAGUUGUGGCCAGUGACUCAGACUCAGGCCAGAACCAAGAGAUGACGUACAGCAUUCUGCCGGACUCUGAUCCGUACGGACAGUUCUCAGUCGACCAGAGUGGCCUCAUCACUGUAGCCAGUCCACUGGACAGGGAGAUGGUGGCACAGCACUAUCUGGUCAUCUUGGCAACCGAUAAGGGCAGCCCAGCACAGACCGGUAGUGCCACUGUCCAGCUCGCUCUCUUGGACAUCAACGAUAACGGUCCAGAGUUCGAAGUGCCCUAUGCGCCCAUCGUGUGGGAGAACAUACAGGGCCCCCAGCUUGUCCACUUCAACCAGACCUCCACACUGCUGCAUGCCAUAGACCGAGACUCAGCCUCAAACGGAGCCCCCUUCUCCUUUACACUGCCCCCAGAGUACUGGCAGCAAGGCGACUUUCUCCUGCAUGACAAUGGCAACAGCACAGCAACACUGACCGCUUUGCACACGUUCGACCGCGAGAGGCAGAAGGAGUUCCAUCUUCCAAUUGUCAUGACGGACAGCGGACAGCCGCACAGAAGUGUCACCAGCACACUCACCAUCACCAUUGGUGAUGAGAAUGACCACCCCCACCAGGCAGGUCACAAGGACAUCUAUAUCUAUAGUCACCAAGGAAGGAUGCCGACCACUGUGCUGGGCAAAGUCUUCGCCCCAGAUGCGGAUGACUGGGAUAACAAGACCUACACCUUUGAAGGAUAUGUUCCCAAUUUCUUCAACCUGAACAAGAAGACAGGCGCCAUCAUCAUCAAGGAGAGCGCCCCCCCAGGCAGCUACGAGUUCAGGGUGCGAGUGUCAGAUGGGGUUUGGCCUGAUGUGGUGUCGCACAUUGCCGUGCACGUGAAUGAGCUGCAGGACGAGGCCAUUUCUAACUCAGCCUCGUUGCGUCUGACAGACAUCACAGCCACAGAGUUCCUCGAGCACCAGGGUGACAGCUGGAGCCGCUAUGAGAUGUUUGAUGCCUUCUUGUCCGAGAUGCUGCCCGCCAGGCCGGAGAACAUCAUCAUCUUUGGCCUGAUGGAGCCCCGGGACCGGACGCUGGACGUGCGCUUCUCUGUGCGGGACUCACCCUUCUUGCGACCAGAGAAGCUACAUGGGUACCUCGCUGCGCACAAGCACAAGUUGCAGUCCUUCCUCCAGGUGAACGUCAGCCAGGUGUUUGUGGACGAGUGUGCUAGUACCAGUUGUGCAAGCACCAGCGGCUGUUCCAGCCACCUGAUCAUCAGCGACACACCCACUGUAGUGGAUUCUGGGAGCAUGUCUUUGGUGUCGGUGACGGUGGUGGCCAUGGCAGAAUGCACCUGUCUGGGACGUGACCACAUGCACCAGUCUUGUUCUUCUUAUCCACAGAACCCUUGUCUUAAUGGAGGAGUAUGUGUUGACACCCAGAGUGGCUACAGAUGCCAGUGCCCGUCACAGUACGAGGGUCCAGAGUGCCAGCAGAUCAAGCACAGUUUCUAUGGCAACGGCUAUGCUUGGUUUCCUCCCAUAAGGCCAUGCUUUGAGAGCCACCUCUCCCUGGAGUUUAUCACUGAGGUUGCAGAUGGCCUGCUGCUCUACAGUGGCCCCGUGGCACAGCUGCAGCCCUGGGAUCCCGAGGACUUCAUGGCCAUAGAGCUCAUUAACGGCACUCCAACCCUGAAGGUGAACCAUGGCUCCGGCACGCUGGUGCUACAGUUGCCUGGCAACGUGGAUGUGGCAGACCGACGGUGGCACCAGCUGGACAUGAGGAGCGAUGGCAAGGAGGUCCAGUUCACAUUGGACCGCUGUGCCAGUGGCACAGUCAUGGAGAUGGAGGGUGUCAGCAACUGGUUGGUGACAGAGGACUACUCCUCCUGUGAGGUCAGCGGAAUCACACCCAACCUAGACAGGCAACUGAAUGUGACCCAGGUGUUGCAGCUGGGUGGAGUUAACGAGAACCUCCCAUACAUCUACCCACAACUACAACAUAAACACUUUACCGGCUGCAUCCGCAACCUACUCGUGGAUAGUAAGCUGUAUGACCUGGGCUCCCCCGCAGACUCACAGGGCAGCUCCCCUGGCUGUGUGCUGACUGACGGCAACUGCGCGAGCAUGGGAUACCCCUCCUGUGGCCCCCGUGGGCGCUGUCUGAGCGAGUGGGGUUCUUUCAGCUGCCAAUGUGUGCCUGGGUUCAGCGGGCAGCAGUGUGAGCAAGAGGUCCCAGCCUACUCCUUUGAUGGGCGGAGUCACCUCCACUUCCAGCUCGGCUUCUUAGUGCCGACCCGGCGGACCCAGGUGCAGGUGCUGGUGAGGACCCGGAAGGCCGGUGGUGCCAUCCUCAGCCUGACCUCGGUGGAGCAGAGCGAGUACUUGCGACUCGAGAUCUCUCAGGGUCUGCUGACAACCUUCUACAACCUUGGUGACGGGGACCAUAGCCUGACCCUUCCCUCCCAUCGCCUUGAUGACGGCGAGUGGCAUGAAGUGCGGCUGGACCGCCACGACAAUGAGUUCACCUUGUAUGUGGACGGCGGUGGUGGACGACGAGAGGUGACAUCUGCUCCAGGGCGGAGUCGGGAAAUCAUCGUGGACCCUGGUGCCUUGCUUCUGGGAAAUGUCUUCCCCACAAGUCAUAACAAGAGCUUCCAAGGCUGCAUGCAGGACCUGCGGCUGAACGGCCGCUACGUGCCCCUAGACGGGCAUCCUGCUGAGGGCGUGUGGCUUUUGGGCUCCCAGGGUUUAUCCCAGGGCUGCUCCUCUGACUCCUGCAAGGGGCACCAAUGCAGCCCACCCUUUACCUGUGUGGACCUGUGGAGGAUCCACGAGUGUCGGUGCCCUAUGGGCCACAUCGCCACAGAAAACGCCACAGGGAAGUUCUGCGUGUACACACCAUGCGCCAGCCGGCCAUGCCACCGUGGCACCUGUAUUGCCCAGUCACCAUCCCAGUUUUUAUGCCGCUGCCCUGAGGGCUACAGGGGACGCCACUGUGAGGUCACACUGGCCAUCUACCGUGACGACCUGGGUCUCAGCUUCAGCUCCAUGUUUGCCAUCUGCAUCUGCUUCCUGGCUCUCCUAGUGCUCUUGCUGGGCAUCUUCCUGUGGACACGCUGGAGGUCCUACAAGGGGUUAAAAGAGGGUGUGUACCACGUAUCAGCACACCACGACGGCUGGGAGGACAUCCGUGAGAAUGUGCUCAACUACGACGAGGAGGGCGGAGGGGAGGAGGACCAGAAUGCGUAUGACAUGACGGAGCUGCAGAAGUCCCUUCAGCCGAGUCCAGCCCAGUCGGUUCAAUACAGUCGACCUCGGGCGGUUCUCCAUCAUCCCUCUGGUCAAACGGAGCCUGGCCAAGGCAGCAGUGAUGGCACCAGCACAGCCACAGUACGCCGGGACAUCCCACCGGUGUGGGCCCCAGCCCAGCCCCAAGCUCAGUCGCACACUAGAGCGCAGUCUUCCCUCACAGGCCAGCGGAGCCUCUCGUUCUCGAGCCAGGACCUGGCUCGGUACUUGUGCGAGGUCAUCCGUGAUGCUGACCAGCGACCUGAGGCGAUGCCAUUUGAUUCGCUGCGUGUCUUUUCCACCGAGGGAGGGGGCUCACCAACUGGGUCCCUCAGCUCCUUCAGCUCCGCAGGCCCUGAGGAUGACAAAGGCCAUGAAUGCCUGAAGGAGUGGGGGCCACGCUUUGAGAAGCUCAAGGCACUGUAUGAAAGAGCCGACUCCAGUGACCUCUGAGCGGGAAGUGCCCCCACGGGGAGGGAAGCCCAUCUAGUCAAUGGAAAUAACCGCAAAUGGUUGCGGACAAAUCAAAACUGAAGAGAAGCAGUGUGAGGCGAAUGGCUGAACCACAUGGUCGCCCAGCAGCUGCCCCCUUUAGAUCACAGCUCUGCUCCAUCAGGAAUCUCUAGACCUUCAGGGCCACAGCAGCACUGCUAAACAUGGUUCCACAGAAAUCUUUGGCUGCUUUGGUGCAGCAGCUUCUGAUGUUGGUAGGAAAUGUUUUCUUUUUAAUGAUAUGUGAUAUGUGUUCUUCUCAGAGCGGCACACGGUACUACAUAUUUGUAUAAUCAGUGUUCCGAAUGUGUCCGUGUUCCAGACUGGAAGUCCACGCUCUGCAGCCGUUCCACCACCUCUGUAAAGGCUCUCCACUGGGUAGCAGGUUCUGAAGUCCAGUUCAACCAUAUCUUUUUCACCUAAUAACUCUUUACUAGAAAUUCUCAAACUGUCUAAAGUUCCGAACUGUCCGGUUCUUGUCAGUGUAAAAUUACCCUUUAAAGGCUAACUCUAGUGGUGUGGCCUACUUGGUUGGGUUUGCAGAGGGUCCUGCUAUGAAGAGCCCGAAAGAAAAGAACCAGACAGCUAGUUGAAACUGGUUUGUCACCCACUCAUUUUGGAGGUGGUUCGGCACUGAACAGGCAGUUGGUCGGUGCAAAUUCACAAAAUCUGGAAAAAAAAAAAUGUUCUAAGAGACUCUGGGGAGCAGAAAGACUUCCAGAGACACUUGAACACCUGUCAGAGUGGGGUGUGGGCAGGGGGCAUCUCUCAUUUCAUUAUAUUGAAACACACAGGGCUGUAAAUCAAAUAAAAUCUUACUCAAAUUACCUGUGAGCUUUACAAGAAAACCUUCUUGCCACAAUUUGUUUUGCCCUUAAAAAGAAAGAAAGCGAAACGCCAUCCACUUCCACAUGGAGCCACAGCGCUGUGGAAAGAAGGACUCACAGCUUUGUCGUGAAAUUAGAAACUGAAAACCGAAAAAGUUGCUUUCACUGCACAUUAGCAGAGAGUAAGGCAAUGUGCACCCAGCACCUCCGUGCUUUUGUGCUUAAUGCGUGUUCAGGGACGAUUAUAGCGUGAAGUUUCAGGGAGAGGCAGGGAAGGUUUUUCAGAGAGGGAUGGAACUCAUGCAGCGUCUCGACAACAUUCUAUAUUCUUGAAUCACUCUUAUAAUGAAAGAAAUGGCAACAUUGUAUCACCCCCAUUCCAUGUGGCAUUAAAAGCCCUUGACUGUAGUUGUUAUUUAUUUGUGCGGAAUUGAAUGCUGAGCGCAUCGCAGUGCAUGGCGGUGAGUGAAAAGACAUGAUCUAAUUCUAAUGAUGGAGUGCGGGGGCCCACUGUUCCACUUGAGGCCCAUUUCUGGAAGGAAUGAGAUGCCAGGUUUCAUUUUUAUAUGAAAAGAUUCCCUCCUGGAGGAUGUGGUUAAAUUCUUCCUCCGCAACAUGAUUUUGCCAUGGCCUUAUGGCGGUUUCAAGGCCAAGGGUGAUUUCCGAUGAGGGACUGGAGGCACCCGUGAUGAUAAAAUUAAUUACAGUUCAAAUGUAAACAUUUUCUAUGUAUUGUUUUGGACUUCAUUUUUUAUUUUUUGCUUGCUUGCCAAAUGUUGCUGGUAUGAACCUUUAAUGGCAAAACCUAGUCCGCGCAAUUCGUUUUUGAUUUGUUCCAUAAAUUGCUUUACGUCAUGUGGUGGAUUUUCCGAUUGUGUGAUCAUUUUUGAGGUAUUAUGUCAUUUGUAAAGCAAAGAAGAACAGCUGUCACCCUGUAAAAUAAAACAGAAAUACCUAUUGUAAUUCAGUUUCUGCUUCGAAAACAGUGGACUUGUGUUUCUUAAUCAUCAUUGAAUAUUUAUCUUGAAUAUUUA